CUUCCCAAUUACAGAAUUUGACAAAAUAAUUCAAUUUUAUUUUCUUGUUGACAAGAGACUGCUCGAUCACUUUCCCACAGCCACAGUAAUGUAAAGUAAUUUCAAUUCUGAUCCAAUUCUCUAUUUUUAAUUUUCAAUUUGAAUUUAUUAAGUGAAAUUGCAUAAUUCAAUUGAUCGAUCCUUUUAGUACUGUGAAUUUCGAGUUUUAGAAUGGCGAGUGGUACCGGAGACGACAACGACGCCGUUUUGAGCGACGUUGAAGGCGACGAUCCGGUACCAAUCGUUAUACGAACUCAAAGUUUAGAACAAGAAGAAAUAACUGUAGAUAAGUACCGCCAGCUUCUCGCGGAGCUUGAUCGGGAGAAAUCUGCCAGAGAAGCGGCCGAGACGGCGAAAUCGGAGCUGCAAGUUUCGUUCAAUAGGUUGAAAGCGUUAGCGCAUGAGGCGAUUAAGAAACGCGACGAAUGGUCGAGACAGAGAGAGGAGGCAUUGAGAGAGAAGGAGAGAAUUAGUUUAGAAUUGAGUGAAUUGAGUAAGCAGAGAGAUGAAAUUGCGAAAAAAUUCGAUGAGAUUUCGAAAGUUAGGGAUGGAUUGGAAUCGGAGAUUGAGAGUUCUAGGCAUAUGUUAGUUAGUGGAAUCGAAAAAAUAUCGAAUAAAGUUAGUAAUUAUAAGAAUUUUUCGGGUUUAGGGUUACCUAGGUCACAGAAAUAUAGUAAUGGAUUGCCGGCUGCGGCGUAUGGUGUUAUUAAGAGAACUAAUGAGAUCAUUGAGGAGAUGAUUAAGCAGAUGGAUAUUGUUACUAAGUCUAGAAAUGAAGCGAGAGAACAGGUUGAGCAGAGGAAUUACGAGAUUGCUAUUGAGGUUUCGCAGCUUGAAGCUGCGAUUAGCGGAUUGAGAGAUGAGGUGGGUGAGAAGAGUUUGGUGAUUGAGAAUUUGGAGAAGAGCUUAGCAGAGAAGGAGGAGAAGGUUUUUGAGAUUGAGAGCGAGUUGAAAGAGAAGACUCAAUCCGUUGAGAAGGAAGGUUUGGAAAUGAGGGAGGUUGUUCGGGAGUAUGAUGAGAAGUUGAAGAGUUUUGAGUCGAAAAUUGAGUCGCAGAGGCCUUUGUUGAUUGAUCAGUUGAGUUUAGUUGCAAAAAUUCAUGAUCGGCUUUAUGAUGUUAUUAAGAUUGUUGAUAGUAAUCAUUUGGAUUCGGAGUUGUCUGAGUCUUUGUUUCUCCCGCAACAAACUGAUAUGGAGGAAAAUAUCCGUGCUUCUUUAGCUGGGAUGGAGUCAAUCUAUGAGCUGACAAGAAUUGUUUCUGAAAAAACAAGGAGUUUGUUGGAGGAUAAGAGUCAUGAAGUGAAGAGUUUGAAUGAAACAGUGGGUCGGUUGGUUAAGGAAAAAGAACAUAUUGGUUCAUUACUUAGAAGUGCUUUUUCAAAGAGGAUGAAACUGGUCCCAUCUUCCAAAACAAAUGAAUUGUUUCAAGCUGCAGAGAAUGGCUUAAAAGAGGCUGGGAUAGAUUUCAAAUUUAGUAAGGUUCUUGGGGAUAAAGCUCCAGCUUCUCCGGAUAAAGGUGGCUCUCUUGACACAGAUGAGGAUGAAAUAUACACUUUGGCUGGUGCUUUGGAGAACAUUGUCAAGGCAUCUCAACUUGAGAUUAUUGAGUUGCAGCAUACCGUUGAUGAAUUGAGGGCAGAAGUUCAUUUACUGAAAGAGCAUGUUGAGGCUCAAUCAAAGGAACUGGCUAAUAGAAUGCAUAGAAUAGAGGAACUUGAAGAAAAGGAGAGAGUAGCAAAUGAAAGUGUUGAAGGGCUGAUGAUGGACAUUGCUGCCUCUGAAGAAGAAAUUACAAGAUGGAAAGUAGCAGCAGAGCAAGAGGCUGCUGCUGGCCGAGCUGUUGAGCAAGAGUUUGCAUCUCAGUUGUCUGCAAUUAAACAGGAACUUGAAGAAGCAAGGCUAGCCAUGUUAGAAUCAGAGAAAAAGCUAAAAUUCAAAGAAGAGACAGCAGCUGCUGCCAUGGCAGCAAGAGAGGCUGCUGAGAAGUCGUUGAGAUUGGCGGACUUGAGGGCAUCCAGGCUGAGGGAUAGAGUAGAGGAGCUCAGCCGUCAGCUUGAAGCGUUUGAAACUCGAGAAGAUUCAAGAGGCCGAAAUGGUCCUAGAUAUGUAUGCUGGCCAUGGCAGUGGCUUGGCCUGGAAUUUGUGGGCGCCCGCAGACUUGAAACAGAACAACAGAGAUCAAAUGAGAUGGAGCUUUCUGAACCGCUUUCUGAACCCCUCUUAUGAUUGUACCUUUUCCCUUUUUUUAUUCUUUUUUUGUAUCUAUUUUGAACUUUCAAAAAUUUCAUAUUUAAGAAAUGGUAGCUUAUUACACCCUUCUGGAGGGCAUAGUUUAGCUGGCGUGGUACUGUUGUAAUUGAGAAAUUUCAUAACAUGAUGUAAUUUGCAUCAAGAUAGUCAAUUUUCUUGAAUAUAGUCAUUUGAUUUAUUUA